CCAUCCACAGCCUCAGUACAGCGGACCGUCAUCUGUGGAGCGGCUGCCCUGCAUCUUCACAGCUCUCCGCCGGGCUCCAGUUCCGCUUCCAUCGGGUUUCACAGCUGGCGGAUGCAGAAUGGAGUCGAUUUAAGACGCGCUGCCGAGCCGUCCGCAGUUUCACGCGCUACGUCAACAACAUUUUGUCUCAGAGGUCGCACGGCUGAAGUAAGAAGAAUGAUGGAGUACUGGAGGCAAUGCGCGCUGUGGUUAAUUAACUGCAAGGUGCUUCCAGCUAACCACCGGGUUACAUGGGAGAACGCGCAGGUUUUUGACUUGGCCCAGACCCUCCGGGAUGGAGUCCUCCUCUGCCAUCUGCUCAACAACCUGAGACCCCAGACCAUCAACCUCAAGGAAAUCAACCUUCGACCGCAAAUGUCACAGUUCCUGUGCCUGAAGAACAUCAGGACUUUCCUGGCGGCGUGCAACGAGAUAUUCGGCAUGAAGAGAAGCGAGCUGUUCGAGGCCUUCGACCUUUUUGACGUCAGGGACUUUGGAAAGGUUGUGAACACACUGUCCAAGCUUUCCCACACAGCGAUCGCACAACAGACUGGAAUCAGGCCUUUUCCCUCAGAGGAGACUGUUGAAGAUGAGGACAUCUACAACCACCUGGAGGACCUUAUAGACGAGAAGGGGGUGGAGGACGAGGAGGAUCUCUAUGACUGCGUGUAUGACGAUGAAGACGGAGGAGAGAUCUAUGAGGACCUGAUGAAGACAGAAGCCGUCCCUCCUCCGGCCUUCCAGAGGCAGGCAGAGACUGACAUCAGGAGCUGCUGUUUGACGGAGAUCAGGCAGACGGAGGAGAAAUACACUGAGACCCUGGAGUCUAUAGAGAAGCACUUUAUGACGCCCCUCGUCAUGUUUUUAUCCAUGGCCGAGAUGGAGAAGAUGUUCGUGAACAUCCCGGAACUGGUGAAAGUUCACAGAUGUUUACUGCUGGAAAUCCAAGACUCAGUCCAUCACAGAAGUGCCCAGAACCUUUACCAGAUCUUCAUCACCUUCAAAGAGAGGUUGUUGAUCUAUGGGAAAUACUGCAGCCAUGUGGAGACAGCCAUCGCCACUCUGGACAGCAUCUGCAAAAACAGGGAGGACGUACGCAUGAAGCUGGAGGAAUGCUCAAAGAGGGCAAACUACGGCAAGUUCACUCUGAGGGAUCUGCUCGUGGUUCCUAUGCAGCGAGUGUUGAAGUAUCACCUCCUCCUGCAGGAGUUGUUGAAACACACUCACGACCCCACAGACAAGAGUAAUCUGCGGACGGCGUUGGAUGCCAUGAAGGACUUGGCUCAGUACGUUAACGAAGUCAAGAGGGACAAUGAGACGCUAAGAGAAAUACAUCAGUAUCAGGAAUCCAUCCAAAACUUGAAUCAGCCGCUGAGUAACUAUGGGAGACCCAAAGGUGACGGGGAGGUACGGGUGACCUCGGUGGACAAACGAGCCAAACAGGACAGGCACAUCUUCCUGUUCGACGCAGCUGUGAUCGUGUGCAAGCGUCGGGGAGACAACUACGAGAUGAAAGAAGUGAUCGACCUGCACCUCUUCAAGAUCACCAACAACCCCACGUCAGACAAGGAGAACCGAAAGUGGUCCCACGGAUUCUACCUCACUCAUAACCAGGGACAGAACGGCUUUGAGUUCUUCUUCAAGACCAAAGAGCUGAAAAAGAAGUGGCUGGAGCAGUUUGGCAUGGCCAUAUCCAACAUUCGGCCUGAAAACGCCACCAGCAACUUCCACGACUUUCACAUGCACACCUUUGACAGGAUCACCUCUUGCAACUCUUGCCACAUGCUGCUGAGGGGCGUCUUUAACCAGGGCUACCUGUGCUCCAAGUGUGGUUUAGGUGCCCACAAAGAAUGCCUGUCUCGCUUCGGCUGCUGCGGAAAAACAGAUCCGGGCUCCGUCAGAACUCAGGGCAGAGCGCGAGAUACAGGUCUGCCCAAGAUGCUGGUCAUCAGGAACUACUUUGGCGUGCCGAGCCCGACGUCUGGUCCAGCGCUCAGCAUCCAGACGGGCGACAUCAUCGAAUUAGUGUGUGCCGACCUUCACAGCCCCUGGUGGCAGGGCAAAAUCCUGUCGACGAAAGAGGUUGGCUUCUUUCCAAGCGACGCCGUGAAGCCUUGCCCAUGCGUCCCGAAGCCCGUCGAUUACUCCACUCAGCCUUGGUUUGCGGGGCCCAUGGAGAGGCUCCAGGCAGAGGCAGAGCUCAUCAACAGGGUCAACAGCACAUACCUGGUCCGCCAUCGCAGCAGAGAGUACACCGAGUACGCUAUCAGCAUCAAGUACAACAACGACGUGAAGCACAUAAAGAUCCUGACCAAGGAGGGCUGCUUCCACAUUGCCGAGAACAAGAAGUUCAGAAGCAUAUUAGAGCUGAUCGAGUACUACAAACACCACUCCCUGAGGGAAGGCUUCAGGAGUCUGGACACCACGCUGCAGUUUCCUUACCGGGAACCGGAGAACGCUGCCAUGCUGCGCCUCAGCCGGUCGGGUGGCAACACCCCAUUGCUCUGCGGCCUCUCUCUUGUAUCUCCUGCCGGCUACAGCUUUGUACCUCCUUCCUCUGCUCCCUUCUGGUCAGUGUUGACUCCAAAGGUGAUCGGUGUGGCGAUCGCUCGGUACGACUUCAGCUCGCGGGACACCCGGGAGCUCUCGUUGCAGGAGGGUGACGUGGUGAAGAUCUACACCAAGUCCGGAGCCAACGGCUGGUGGAGGGGCGAGGUCAACGGCAGGGUCGGCUGGUUCCCGUCCACGUACGUUGAGGAGGGCGAGGAGUGAGGGAGGUUCAGCAGCAGAGACGGUGAGAUCCCGAUCCCAGCCGAGUCUCCUCCACGGCGUCCUGUUGCCUAUAACCAUCCCAGAGGCCUUCGGCAGAGAAGAGAAGUUGGCCGCAUCGAUUCUGGUUGACUCUGAGUGACUCCGCCGACCAGCAGCUUGCCUGUCAGCGGGACGCAAGCCCUCGCCAGACACCCCAACUCCCUCCAUAAUUCACCCUGCGCUCCCUUCCUCUCUCUGCCCUCAACUCCCACCUGUCUUCUGCUUGCCAAGUCGGCCGUCGCCAGUCUGCCAAAAGUAGAUGCUCAAAUAUCAUUCAUGCGCUCAUCCUUUCAUCCAUCCACAGUCGCCGCCGCCCCCGGUGGGAUCAGAGUCAUCUGAAGUGGACGCGAGCCACACUGGACACUUUUUGUUUCCUUUCAUCCCCUUCUCACUCUGAAGGGAUUGCACUCAGUCUUGACCUUGUCUGUGUGUUUCCUCCACUAAUGCAGGAGGAUAUUGAUGACUUGAUGACCCAGAUUCACACACACACACACACACACACACAGCUCCUCUUCUGCAGAUUAUGAUCACACACACGCGCUCUUACAGGAGAUGUAAGAGAGCGAUAGCAUCGCUGCACAGUGCCGCCGAUUGAUCGCUGUUUUUCCUAUUUUCCUCCCUCCUCCUACAUUCUUUAUCUGCGGCCAGCCUCUCAGGUUUUCACGUGUCUCGGCCGUUAGCGAUCCUCUGCUCUUAUCGGUGGCAGCUCUGUCGACAGGAGCACAUCGGCACAGAGUUUAUCUUAUUGGAGGCGUUAGCGGCUUGCUGGGGAUCGAGUCAGGCUACCCAGAAGCCUCGUGUCAACGUAACGAGAAAGAAAAGCAGGUGAAAAACAAACCAAGCGCCUCACCCCAUCACUCUCUCUCUCUCUCUCUCUCUCUCUCACACACACACACACUCUCACAUGAUGCUGUCUGACUGAAUAUGCAGAUCGGAGCAGUUGGCGGCUGGUACGCAGUGGGCGGUUCUGAGCAUCCUGAGUGGCUUCUGCUGUAACGGCUCUUUUUCAUGUCUGUGCACAAACACAACAUUCGCAGUUUUAUUUGUUUGGGAAAGAAAAGGCAAAAGUUUUUCAUGUAAUAACACUUCAACCCAAAAGGGGCUGAUAUCAGCUUUCAGAAACAGUUUUCCACUGUUUACAUCUUCCUCCUCUCACCCGCUCUCCUUUUGUGUGUCCCUCCCUCACCCUCCUGUAUGCAUUAUGCACACUGUCUGCUUAAUCCACAGCCAAAGAGGAUUUUCCCACAUUUGAGGGAAUAAAUACGUUUACGGCGCAACCUGCUGCACGUGGCGUUAAGACGCUGUGUCAUCAGCGUGUGCUCUAAGCAUGUGCUUCAGGACACUUUGUCUGUCUGUCGGUCAGUAGGCCUGGACGAAGACACACACGUGCAUGUCUGUGAAGAACUUUGGAACUGGUCCUUUAAUUUCUCCACUUUGGCUGUGACUCUGCUGUUCCUCCUCACUGCUCAGACUUUCACACACUUACACACACCCACGCCGGAGAUUUUUCACAACAUCCGUCUCCUUUCUGUUAAGGGGAGCCAUUUAUCUAACAUGCUGUGUACAUAAAAUACGUGUCACCGACACGCAGCUUUCUGCCGCCUCGUCCAAACCCUCCCCGUCACGUCCUCUCGCUGUGAUCACAAAUCUGCUCUGUGAAUCCAAGUAAGAAUUUAUUGUCAUCAUCUGCUUUUGUGUGUGCUUAAUGGAGCCAUUCUGUUAGUAAAUCCCUAACAGCCCCCUGCCUGCUCUGCCUGACUGUCACACUGAGGCACAUGAACGUAUUUGUGUUCCCAUUUUGCAACUUGGUUUUUAUUAACAGUGCCAUUAAGUGACCACUAGAUGGAAGCAUCCUAAACACAUCCACUCCUCCCCGAGCAGACACCUUCCACCUGCUCGAGUUUGGAGAUGACAUCAUCUGAUUAGGAACAAUAUUAUUUAAGAUUUGUUGUUGUGAGUGAGCAGGAAGCGAGCAGGCGGGCCGACUGCAGAAAGCCUGCAUGUAGUAGGAGGACGUUUGUCUCUCCAGACUUCCUGAACCCUGACGAUGAGAUUUCCCCUCCUCCUCCUCCUCCUCUCCUGCCAAGACACCACAUUUAUAACAUCUUUAGGAAAUCUGUGGCACAAAGGUGAUCCAGCACAAGCUUCUCCCCUCCCCCGUCUCGGGGGGAGUCGGCUUCUCUAAUGGCGGGCUGUGGUAAUCCACUCCCGCGCUCCUCCUCCGCCCAGAUGAACUCUGACAGCGGGGUCUGUUACCACUGCAGGCCUUCCUCCUCGUCUGAGGGGAGGGAGGCUCAAGGGUAUCUGUGAUCUAAUCAUUACACCAUCGCCUCACCUCGGCGACCCCGCUGCAUCCAUCUCUCUGUCGGCUCCCCUCUCUCUCGCUCUUCUUCACCUUGUCACUCCUCUCCCCCUCACUCUCCUUCCCCCAUCUAUCUUUCAUCCAAUCUGUGUCUUCUCGGUUUUCGCUCUGUAUUCUGUCCCUCACCCCGAUGCUCUGCGGGCAGGUCGGCGGGAGGAGAACAGAAGAUUCAGUACUGUCAGGAGGGAGGAGGCGGAGGAGGGAGGAGGAGGAGGAGGAGGAGGAGGAGAGGCAGGAUGAUUCUCUAUAAACACAAUGAGGACUAGUUUAAUUUUACCACAAAUUAAUAGACUGAGAGAAACGAUGCCAGUUAGAGGAUGAGUUAGAAUUGGCUCCCACUGCCGUCGUCUCCUCACAGACAGAGUGUGUGUGUGUGUGUGUGUGUGUGUGUGUGUGUGUGUGUGUGCAGAUUAUGUCCGUAUGCGUAGGCACACACUGUGUACGUGCAGAAAUACGUUUGGACAGGAUUCGGGGCCUAAGCCCAGCAGGGGGCUCAGGAGACGCUCUCCUCCACCGUCACAUGGUAACCUGAACAGGAACCUGCUCGCCCAUACAUGCAUCAGACACGUCAUGUUACGCUUCUUUCUGUCUCCCUUCCUGGGCUCUAAAUCCGUUCUCCACCCGACAAAUCACUGACAAAUCAUCGGCGGUCCGCUGUGUUCUUCCCACGAAGCCAAAGAUGUGCUCUGUGCUCGCCGUGUUGUCGCGUAACGACGGUACCCGACCGCUGUGGCCUAACUCAGUACCUGUGCAAUGCAGACUGUGUAGCAUUACUGUGUAUUGUUGCUGUAUCAUACUGUAAAAUAUGUACAUAGCACAUAAUAAAGAUAUAUGUCGCUUCUUCUAA